CACGAACGCUACGAUCGAUCUCGCAGAACAGCUUCGCCAACCGAGUCAGUAUACAAGGCUUAUACAACCAGAGUUGGCAGAGCUGUCAACGAGAGUACCAUGGUGGUUGAAGUAUGCACAGAUCUCUUGAAGCGUUCUCCGGAGGAAGGCUAUACAAGAGCUUUCAACCAGGCAUUUACAGAGUUCCCAAAAGAUGUUGGCUUCAAUAAUAGUCUAUCGGCUCCGCAGCCUGACUUUGUUGAAGGGCUUGAUGCUCGAGAGUAUCGCCCGGUACCAGUUGAUGAGUGUAUCAGCGGUGCUGUUCUUUACAAGGACAACCCUCAUUCCAUCACACUACCACAUUUGGCUGGAGAGUGGAAGGGACGCGAUCAGAAUAUGGAAAAAGCAAGGCUUCAGAGCGCUUUCGAUGGAGCAGCCCUGGUCUACUCUCGGAACCAGGCCCUUUCCUACAUUGGAAAACCAGACCCUCCUGGCCAUGCAGAGAUCACAACAUUCACUACCAAUGGCACUAAUCUCAACCUUUAUGCGCACUAUGCUGCUCUCUCGAAGAGUGGGAUACUCGAAUACCACCACUACCGUGUCAAGUCAACAAGUCUUAUAGACACAUACCAGGGGCAUAAGGCCGGCAGAAGAGGACUCAGGAACGAACAAGACCAUGCUAGAGAGCAGUCAUAUGCCCUAAGGGAUGAGGUGACAGAGUACUGGAUGCGACAACAUCAUAUGGCUCUCCAUACCAUUGCUGAAGAAGCUACGCCUGUGCCUGGUGUGGGGCCUGUGAGAGAUGAGGAUGAGACUGGCAAUGAGAUCCGGAGACCCUGCGAACCCACGCCUCCCAUUUCAUCCAAAGCCCACUCCAAGAGCUCUGGCUCACGCUCUUCAUCAUCCACACCUGAUGUUGGCCGCAGCAUGCAGCCACCGCCUCGCAGAUCAUUGAGACAGAAGGAAAAGGCAAAGAGGAUCAAGUACUGCUGAAGGGGGGUGAGGGGGUGGGAGGUGGGAGGAGGGCCAGGCUUGGCGAUAGUCCCGACAGGUUGGAUCACACCUUGAUUUAUUCUUCGAUUCUUUGUCUCGUUAUAACCAAGUAGCGAAUGUACUGUCAUUGUCCUGUUG